AUGCAUCGCGGUCCUCUUGAAGCAGCAGCCUUUGACAAGUUUAUGGAAAAUCUGGAAAAGUCCAAGUCAACCAUCAUCGCAAUGGAUCCAACCACUACUCAAUGGCCGCAAUACCAACCAAUCCGCAUGAGGUUCAAUGAUGCUGGUAUGGGUUCGAGCUCAGUCACCUUGGUCGUUUGCUUGGAUGCCUCGAGAACGGCCUAUCGUUGCGGGAUGUCUUGUAUCCAUGACUUGUUUCACUUUUUCGACAUAGACUCCAGCUGGGAGUUGCUACAGUUCCGCAUUCUUCGGCUUAUAACCACCGGUCCUUUCCUUUGUACUGGCUCAGAUAGAGCUUUUGUCACGGUACAGUUUACGGAGGAGUUCGCUGCUACUUCAACAAGAUCAGCAAUACUCUAUGAAAAUCCCCAAAAAUCGGUAUUUCUCGUCGACAUCCCGACAUCGAUCGAAAUAGUCCAGAGCGCUUCUUUUAGCUCUUCUGCAGUUGAUGAUGAUGAUGAGAAUAAUAGAUCAAAUCUACCAGCACAACAACAUCAUUACAGACACAUAUAUUCUUCAAAGCCGCUAGAACACCCCUAUCCAUCUGCGCCGGAGCCGAAGAGUGAAGCUGCUCGUGCUAGAUUGUUGUCUCGGAUCCCGGAAUCGGAGAUCCUAUUUCACGAUAGCAUUGCUUCAUUUAUUCGGAGCGGUGUCGAUGAGGUACAGCAGGGCCUUGGAAGUAGAAAAUGGUUUCUCCCCAGGAAGGUGAUCGGUGCUGCCGUACAAGGCGACAAGAUCAAGGACGGUGCCACUGUCAAUAACAGGACAGGGACUGAACAGAACGCAAUAUCUGAACCAUCAAGGAAGAGAUUACGCCCAGAAAUUCUAGUGAAAUAUGCAUACAGCAACAGGAAACAACCACCAUUGAUUCUCUCACCAUCAAGUGUCAAUUAUUUUACCGAUUUAUCAGAUCUACAUGGCAUUCAAGUCAAGAAUCCAUCACCUUUAAAAGCAGCCACAAUACAAGUCAAUGAGCCCGGCACCAAUAUUACGACAAAAUACACUAUUCCACCAGCCUCAUCCUUUGUCUUACACAAUCUAGCAGUCAGUCAAACAUACUCAACAUCCAACAUCUCUCCCAUUCCCGGACUACCAUCCGCUGAAAAAUUCGACAUAAUCCUCUUCGACCCUCCAUGGCCUAACCGCUCUGUGCGGCGGUCGUCGCAGUAUCCUACUCAUGUAUACUUAGAGAUGGACUCAUUGGUAUCUCUAAUGCAGCAAACCAUCCUCUCACAUCUCAGGUUCGGAGACGAUAGGAGCACUGAAAGGUCAAUUGUGGGUAUAUGGACUACCAACAAUGCAAAAUCUCGCCAAGCUGCAUAUGACGCUUUUGCGGGCACAGGUCUCGGGAUCUUUGAGAUUUGGAUAUGGAUUAAGACUACUGAGAAUGGCGAGCUUGUAUCGCCAUUGGAUGGGCUGUGGCGCAAGCCUUAUGAAGUUAUGUUCUUGGGAAAACCAAGGACGAACACGAAAAAGGUGGACGGGGAAGAAGAACCUAUCAAACGGAUCAUUGCUGCUGUGCCGGAUGAGCAUUCGAGGAAACCUAAUCUCAAAGAACUGCUUGAACUCCUGUUUUUCAAAGAUGAUGGAAAUGAGGCACGAGAGACAAAUACAAAGCAAGACGCUGCCUUGGAAGUCUUUGCUAGAAAUCUGACGGCUGGGUGGUGUGCUUGUGGAAAUGACGUCCUCAAAUUUAAUGCUGAUCAAUGGUGGUAUCAGCCAUGA